CCAGGGAACAGGGUUCAGACUGUUUACUUUAGGGUGCUGUGGGAGUCUUCUGUGUGGCUCGGCUUCAGGUGUAGGACCAAGGCUAUGCGGCGAGGAAGAGGUGCACAUGGAUACGACUCUCUGAGCGGAUUCCGGACUCAGCAGAGCGAGCCGGCGGUGCCCCAGGGGCUGUUGAAGAAUGCCAGGAAGAGCGGGCAGCUCAACCUGAGUUCCCGGGGACUGCAGGAUGUCCCACAGAAUGUGUACCGGCUGAAUGUGGACCCCCCAGAGGAGGCUCAGCAGGCUGUCUCAUUUGGAGGAUCGGACCGCUGGUGGGAGCAGACUGACCUCACCAAGCUGCUCCUCUCCUCCAACCAGCUCACCACAUUGUCAGAGGAGCUGCGGCUGCUGCCUGCCCUCACCACACUGGAUCUCCAUGACAACCAGAUCCAGAGCUUACCCCGUGCCAUAGGGGAGCUUCAGGAGCUGAGGCAACUGCGGCUCAGCUCUAACCAGCUGAGGGCUUUGCCUCUGGAGCUCUUCUCUCUGGCCCUCCUCAGCAGCCUCACACUGCAGCACAACCUGCUGGAGAGCCUGCCCCCAGAGUUGGGCCAGCUGACCAGCCUCACCGAGCUGAACUUGUCCAGGAAUCAUCUACAGGAGUUGCCCUGUUCCCUGGGGGAUCUCCGACAUCUACAGAAACUCAGCCUGGAGCACAAUCAGCUGGGCUCUCUGCCCGACAGUGUGGGCCGUCUCUCCUGCCUGCGGCUGCUAGAUUGCAAUAAUAACCAACUGACCACACUGCCCUCCUCCCUGGCACAGAUGACCUCUUUGGAGCAGCUCUUUCUCCGACAGAACAGGCUCACACUGGUCCCUCCUCUGCCCAGUGACUCGCUCAAGGAGCUGUAUCUGGCUGAUAACCAGAUCUCUACGCUGGGCUCGGAGCAGAUGAGUGGCCUAUCCGUUCUCUCAUCUCUGGAGCUGCGAGGAAACAAGAUCAGCACGCUUCCAGAGGGGGCGCUACCGAGCACACUUACCCGACUGGACCUCUCCAACAAUGACAUCGGCAUACUGCCUCCCACCCUCGGUCUUCUGCCCAACCUCACUGUGCUUCUGUUGGAGGGAAACCCGCUCCGAGGGAUACGCAGGGAGCUGCUCAAUAAAGGAACUAUGGAGCUUCUGAAAUACUUGCGAGGAAGAAUCAAAGAGGAGCCAGGAGACACCUCAGAGAAGCCCUGUGGGCUGCCAUUGCCUAGCCAUGCUGCGGUCGACCUGCACAACAUCUCCGCUCUCAAGCUCCUCCAGUACAGUAACAAACAGGCAGAGUCGGUCAGAGAUGAGCUGUUUGACGCUGCAGCAGGUCACUGUAUCACUUCAGUCAACUUUAGCAAGAACCAGCUGAGCUCUGCCCCCUCCAGGCUGCUGGACUUUGCCUCCUCCCUGUGUGAUGUGGACUUGGGCUUUAACAGACUGACCUGCGUUGGCCCUGAGCUCUGUUGCCUGCUCAAACUGCAGCACCUCGAUCUCAGGAAUAACCUCUUGUGUGAUUUACCAUCAGAGCUCCAGAACCUGACCAAAUUGCGCAGCAUCAUUCUGAACUUUAACAGGUUCAAGUCCUUCCCGGUGGUGCUGUAUGAGCUGGGCAAUCUGGAGACGGUGCUGUUGGGGAACAACCAGGUGGGCAGUGUCGACGCAUCCCGCCUACAGGCUCUGGUACAUCUGUCCACCCUGGAUCUCUCAAACAACGACAUGCUGCACGUGCCCCCAGAGCUGGGCCUCUGCUCUGCUCUCAGAUGUCUGAGUCUGGAGGGGAAUCCAUUCCGAACUCCUCGAGCGGCAAUCGUAGCGAAAGGGACAGACGCUGUUCUGGAGUACCUGCGCAGCCGCAUCCCUGCCAGCUAACCUUUCACCCCUGUGCCCUGACCCACACCUCCACUUGGGCAUGCAGACCAAACUCUACAAUCAUAUGUUCUUUGUAAAUGUUUUCUAUCAAUAAAUCUAAAGAUCUCAGAAAUGUACUAGAGGAAUAUCUGUUCAAAUCAACCAAAUUCAUGGAUAAGAGCUGGCUAAGUUUUCUAAAAUAUGUUUAAUAGUUUGGAGAAAACAGUAAAAUAAAGUGAAAGGUGACAUCCUAGCACCACAACACAAAGCCACAAUAAGUGAUUAAUAUUUUUCCUUUAAU